AUGACUCUACAUUCUGCAGAGAAACUGCGGCUCUCGCUCUGCGUGGGGUGCGGUGGUCAGAUCCACGACCAGUACAUCCUGAGGGUCGCGCCCGACCUCGAGUGGCACGCCGCCUGCCUCAAGUGCCAGGAGUGCAGGCAGUUCCUGGACGAGUCCUGCACCUGCUUCGUCAGGGACGGGAAGACCUAUUGCAAGCGGGACUACACCAGGUUAUUCGGGACAAAAUGCGACAAGUGCGGAGCGUCCUUCAGCAAGAACGACUUCGUGAUGCGCGCGAAGACCAAGAUAUACCACAUCGACUGCUUUAGGUGCUGCGCUUGCGCGAGGCAGCUGAUACCUGGAGACGAGUUCGCGUUAAGAGAAGGCGGCGCGUUAUACUGCAGAGAGGAUCACGACGUAUUAGAAAAGAGUGCGAACACUAGCGGCGGGAGUAGCACCAACCCCGAGAGCAAUAACAACACCACCCUCAGCAACAACAACUCUCACCACCCCCACGAGCUUGGAUCUAUGUCCGACUCCGGUAGCGAAUCAGGAUCCCACAAAAGCGGCCGGGCUCGAACCACGACCGCCGCGGACGGCAAGCCCACCAGGGUGCGCACUGUGCUCAACGAGAAGCAACUGCACACGCUGAGGACUUGCUACGCGGCCAACCCCCGGCCCGAUGCUCUCAUGAAGGAGCAACUGGUCGAGAUGACCGGCCUCAGCCCCCGCGUGAUCAGGGUUUGGUUCCAAAACAAACGGUGCAAGGACAAGAAGAAGACCUUGCAGCUCAAAAUGCAAAUGCAGCAGGAGAAGGUGGAGGGGCGGCGGCUGGGCUACAUGUCGAUGGGCGUGCCGCUGGUGGCCGGCUCGCCGGUGCGGCACGAGGCGGGCCCGCUGCCGCUGGAGGUGACCGCCUACCAGCCGCCCUGGAAGGCGCUCUCCGACUUCGCGCUGCACGCAGACCUGGACCGCGCGCCGCACCACAGCGCCGCCUUCCAGCACCUCGUCAGCCAGAUGCACGGCUACGACGUGCCCUCCCUGCCGCCCCCGCGCCCCGCGCAGGGCGGCGAGGACAACUACGUCACGUACCUGGAGAGCGACGACAGCCUGCCCCCCUCGCCC